AUGCGGCCUGAUGACAUCAACCCGAGGACUGGGCUGGUGGUGGCCCUGGUCAGUGUGUUCCUGGUCUUUGGCUUUAUGUUCACUGUCUCCGGGAUGAAAGGAGAGACACUGGGGAAUAUCCCCCUCCUGGCCAUCGGGCCAGCCAUCUGCUUGCCAGGCAUCGCAGCCAUUGCCCUGGCUAGGAAGACUGAGGGAUGCACCAAAUGGCCCGAGAACGAGCUGCUGUGGGUCCGUAAGCUGCCCUGCUUCCGGAAACCCAAGGACAAGGAGGUGGUGGAGCUGCUGAGGACCCCUUCAGACCUGGAGUCCGGCAAGGGGAGCUCGGAUGAGUUGGCCAAGAAAGUGGGCUUCAGGGGGAAGCCGCUCCCCCAGGGGCAGAGUGAGGUGCCUGUAGCCAGCUCCAUCACCACUCCUACCCCCACAGAGGAAGGAGAUUGCCAGAGUCUGGUCCAGAGUGGGCACCGGGAGGAGACGUCUAGAUACCUGGAUGGCUACUGUCCCUCUGGCAGUUCCCUCACCUAUAGUGCCUUGGACGUCAAGUGUUCAGCCUGGGACAGAUCCGACUGCCCCGAGCCGGAGGACAGCAUCUUCUUUGUGCCCCAGGACAGCAUCAUCGUUUGUUCCUACAAGCAGAACAGCCCCUAUGACAGGUACUGUUGUUACAUCAAUCAGAGCCAAGGCAGGUGGGACCAUGAGACCAUAGUCUAA